AGCCGAUAAAAGCACCAAGAGAUCAGCCGAGUAAAUCAGUUUUGAUUUAACCCAGAAUUCGCACCGACCUAAUACAUUAAUAAACACGCCAACGCAAUCCACAGCUAUAGCCACAGCCUCGCCGAGAUUGUAUCACUAAUGCUUGUGUGGAAUGAAAAUCAGGAUUCCAACUUUACCUUCAUUUGAAUACUGAACUCCGAGAAGUCCCGAGCGCAUUGGCAACUGCCUCAUUGGAUUUGGAUUUUUUUUUGGACUUUCUUUUAGGUUUUUUUUUUUUCUUUUCCGUGCCUAAAUUUGUUUCUACUCUGCCUGGUGAUAAUGCCUAGCAGUGCUGCCAGCAAAGACUACAAGUUUGAAAGCAACUCCCCGGCAACAACUCCCAACAGCGGCGGCGAGACUCUCGCCCAGGAGCUGCAGUCGCAAAAAAUUGACGAUGCUGCGAUUAAGUCCGUCCAGCAUCGCACUGCCUGGCAGAUUAAAGGCUCUGCCCUGUCCCUGAACACACACAAUCGCAUUCGUAACAUUGUCGAGGCUCUGCAGAUUAAGCCCAAUCCACAGAAGCCCAUGAUACCCCUGUCCAUAGGCGAUCCCACAACGUUCGGCAACCUGAAGGCUGCCGAUGAAACUAUGAAGGCUGUGCUCCGAUCCCUGGAGAGCGGCAAGUUCAAUGGCUAUGCCCACACGCAGGGCCAUGAGGCGUCGCGCCAGGCGGUGGCCAAGUAUAGUGCACAUCAGCGCCCCGACGGGCUAAUCGAUCCUAGCGAUGUAAUCCUUUGCAGCGGCUGCUCGUCAGCUCUGGAGUAUUGCAUAUUGGCGUUGGCCGAACGUGGCCAGAACAUACUGGUGCCGCGGCCAGGCUUCUGCUUGUACCACACACUUGCCGAAGGCCUGGACAUUGAGGUGCGCUACUAUGAGCUCUUACCGGAGCAACAGUGGCGUGCCGAUCUCCGGCAGCUGGAGAGCCUCAUCGAUGCGAACACAGUCGCACUGCUGAUCAACAAUCCAAGCAAUCCCUGUGGCAGCGUCUACGACGAGGCGCACUUGCUCGAACUGAUUGCCAUUUGCGAACGCCACUAUCUGCCCAUAAUCGCCGAUGAGAUCUAUGAGCACUUUGUGUUCCCAGGCUCGCGUCACGUGGCCAUAAGCAGCCUCACACGCGAGGUGCCAGUGCUGUCUUGUGGUGGGCUAACCAAGCGCUUCCUUGUGCCCGGCUGGCGCAUGGGCUGGAUAAUCGUGCACGAUCAUUACAAACGUCUGGGCACCGCGGUCACGGGUCUCAGGAACAUGUGCGGUCGCAUUCUCGGCACGAACACGAUCAUCCAGGGCGCACUGCCCGACAUACUGACGAAGACGCCGCAGUGCUACUUCGAUGGCGUCAUCAAAGUGCUCCACGCCAAUGCCCAGCUGGCUUACAAAAUGCUGAAGCCGGUCCCCGGACUGAACCCGGUCAUGCCCAACGGAGCCAUGUACAUGAUGAUUGGUGUCUGCAUCGAGCGCUUUCUGGCCUUCAAAGACGACACACACUUUGUGCAGGAGCUGGUCAACGAGCAGAGCGUCUUCUGUCUGCCCGGCAGCUGUUUCUCCUAUCCGGGAUAUAUACGAAUUGUUCUGACCGUGCCGAACACGAUGCUUGAGGAGGCGUGCGUUCGCAUCGCCGAGUUUUGUGACACGCACUACAAGAAGGACAACCGGGCGCUGAUAGAGGACGGCCUGCUCGAGGAUGGUCAGAUACAUUACUAAUCUGAAUGCGCGACAUGGAAGUAGUUUUCUUGGGUUGGUACCGUUGCUAUACACACACUUUAUUAGAUGCUCUCUAGGCUAAGGUUUCUAGCUUGGUAUACAUUAGUGUAACAAUAAUUACCUAAACGUAUAAUAUAAGAAGUAUUGUCGUAAAACAUCAGAACUUAGCGCACAGACGCGCAUACUCCAUUAGUCUGCUCAUAAGGAAGUAUGUCCCUAAGUCCAAUGGUAACUUGUAAGAAAAUCGACAUACAUGACGAUGUGAAUGCAUGAAUGUGUGCCUCCUUUUUGUUCUUAGCAUAUGUAAAUGUACGUGAAUGAAUAAAUAUACAUAAAAACAGCGCUAUGUAUAUGUAUGAUGCACAUGCAUCAGAACUCCGUCUGCUGCCCAAC